AUGUGGAUAGAAUGCCUAUUCAUCACAACAGGAGUCUUGGGCAAAUUCUUCGGAUCAGGUGACCAACUACGCGACUACGAGUCUGAUGAUGAAGAUCUCGCAAAACUCAGGGAGGAACAAGUUUUUGCGUUAUUCUACGAAGGGGAAGAAAAGGACGUCUCAUCGCCGAACCCACUGAAUAGCGCGCCUGCAUUAUCCACGACCACAAAACCUUCGAUAUUGUCGCAGCCAUUUCCCGGAAAGGAGCGAAUUGCUCAGCCAGAACAGAUGGAUGAUCUUUUGAAAAAGGGACGGGCGCUCUAA